AUGCCCAUCAUAUCUCUGAGGCCACUCCGGCUCCCUCCCAUGGGCUCAACACGGGCGGCUUCCUUCAUCAAGCGCGCUUCUUCGUCUCUGGCCGACAAGACCGUCCUGCAAGAGCUCGACGAGCGUGGAUUCGUAGCAGCCAUCACCAGGCAAAACCUAAAGAAACACGUCAAGUCACCGACAACGAUUUACGCCGGUGUCGACCCUUCAGCUUCUUCGUUACACGUCGGCAAUCUCUUGCCCUUACUCGGCCUCUUGCAUUUCCAAACCAAAGGCCACCAGUCUAUCGCUCUUAUUGGGGGCGCAACAGGCUCAAUAGGCGACCCCUCCGGCCGCUCAACCGAACGCCAAUCCCUAACCCCCAUCGAACUCUCCCGCAAUAUCGCUGGUAUAACCUCCCAAGUCCGACGCUUCUUCACCCGUGGACAAGAAUACCUCAACAAGCGCGGCCUGCAAGUGCAGCGAAAGGACGAAAAGGGAGAGAUCGGGAGAGGCGUGAGGGUGUUGAAUAAUAUGGAGUGGAUGAGGGAGGUUAGCUUGUUGGACUUUUUGAGGGGCGUGGGGAAGAAUGCUAGGGUUUCUACUAUGCUUUCUAGAGAUUCAGUAAAGAACCGCCUGACGUCGGACUCUGGCAUCUCCUAUACCGAGUUCACCUACCAGCUUCUCCAAGCCUACGAUUUCUCUCACCUGCACACCAACCACGCCUGUAACAUCCAGCUGGGCGGCAGCGACCAGUGGGGCAACAUCGUCGCUGGUAUCGACCUGGUCCGACGCGAAAAGGAGAUUGGAGAGGAGGAGGUGUAUGGGUUGACGAUACCGUUGCUGACAACGAGUACGGGGGAGAAGUUUGGCAAGUCGGCGGGCAAUGCGGUGUGGCUGGAUGAAAAGAGGACACCCGCGUCCGAGUUCUACCAAUUCUUUCUGAGAACGACAGACGCCGAUGUGGAAAAGUAUCUGAGACUGUUCACAUUCCUGCCUCUGGACACGAUCCAAGAGACCAUGACUGCCCACGAAUCUGCCAAAUCUCAACGCCUCCCCCAGAAACUGCUCGCCGCCGAGGUGACCGAACUCGUACACGGUCCACUCGCCCUCUCUCGCGCCCUUACCGCCGCCCAAGUCCUCUACUCUACCUCCUUCGCCGACCUCAAAGCCGAUGCUGUCAGGGAAGCGUUCAGAGGCGACAAGAGGCUCCACAACGUCAAGAAAGAAGAGCUGGAAGAGUCUGGUGUGGGCAAGGUUGCUGCCAAAUAUGGGCUUUGUGCAUCCGUUGGUGAGGCGCAAAGGUUGGUGCAGAGCGGUGGGUUCCACAUCAACUCGUCAAAGGUGACCGACCACCGACAGAAGCUUGGAGCGGAAGACCUGAUUGAUGGGCAUGUGGUCAUUCUUCGUGCUGGAAGCAAGAGGCAGGUCAUCUUGUAUGUCGAGUAG